UUGAGGGUGAGUUUGUUUUCAACCUAUUUAUUUUUCUGUCCACCUAUUUUCAUCUCUACGGCAUGCCUUCUCACUUUGUUCAUUAUUUUGUUAACUGAAUUUUCCUUCUACAAUGCCUUUGAUGCCAACAUGCACAGAAUAUGCUUUAUCAGAUUGAUAACGUGAAGAGGAGAACUAAGAACUAAUAUGGGUUGGUUUUAAGGUAGUGUUAUUCUUGCUCCUGUUUGUUAUUGGUUUUGAUCUUUUUUAAGAAUAUUAAGAAACAAUAAAUCUAAUGAUAGUCCUUUCAAUAACUGCAGGACAUUUGAUAAAAUCUAGCACUCUUCAUCACAGAGGGAUAUCUGGUCACUUUUAAACUGAGCACUGACAAUGCUUGCUAUCAGAUUAAACACAAUAUAUUGUGAGUUUUCACUAGAAUUUUGCAUUGUGUAUCACACAGCUACAAUUUCUCUUCUAUAAAUAUAACAGAAGCUUGAGGAUAGUUCCUAGGAAAGGCAAAGGCAUUCUGGUGAUGUAAACACCAAUGAAAUUUGAGUUUUCUUUCCAAGAGGGAGAUGACAGUAGCAUACUACUGACAAUAUUGGGUUACUUGGCUGCUGCUGCCCGUUGGCAGCGGAAUGGUGGCGCAGGGCGGAGGUGUGGAGGACUCCUUCAGUGUCCUGGACCUAGCGGAGUACACCAAGAACCAGCCUUGGUGGCACAAGGUCUUCACCCGCAGCUCAGGGUCGAGCACUGACAAGUACAACGUGGCCACGCAGCUGCUGAUCAGAGGGGUCACAGAUUGGUGUACUGGAUUUGUCUUCCAGAAAGUUGGAAAGCUGGCAGCAACAGUGGUGGGAGGUGGCUUUUUCCUACUUCAGACUGCAGAUCACACAGGAUACAUCAAAGUGGACUGGAAGCUGGUAGAAUGGGAUAAAGCCAAGCAGCAACUGAAAUUUCACAGCAGUGGUAAUAAAAUGUCUCCAGAAGUGAAAAGCAGAGUAGAUGAGGUGAUCAUAUUUCUGAAGAAGCAUGUUACCGUGACUGGAGGGUUUGCUGGAGGAUUCCAGCUCGGAAUGGCAUCCUAGAAACUAUGUUUGACUCUCCAUGCCCAGCCUUCCCUGCCCUCCUCUACUGUGGUUUUCUCUCACUUAGAAGUCAAAGGAUAUUGCAAAUAUGCUCAGUCUGU